AUGUCACUCACGUCUCUCUAUAUUCUCUUUCCUCUAAUCUUGACCAUUGGAUUCGGAAGUUCCUCGGAGGAGCAUGACGCCUUGCCGCUAAACUAUCUUCAAGUGCGCCCGGGGUCAUCAUCGUUUAAAAUUGCUCUCUUCGCUGACUUGCACUUCGGAGAGAGCGCAUGGAGCGAUUGGGGUCCUCUCCAAGAUGUGAACUCUAUCAAAGUCAUGUCCGUUGUACUGGAUCAAGAAACCCCAGAUUUUGUGGUAUAUCUUGGAGAUGUGAUCACUGCCAACAAUAUUGCAAUUGGUAAUGCAAGCUUGUAUUGGGAAGAGGCCAUAUCUCCAACAAGGGCAAGAGGCAUACCAUGGGCUAGUGUGUUUGGGAACCACGAUGAUGCACCAUUUGAGUGGCCACUGGAGUGGUUUUCUGCCACUGGGAUUCCUCACACUCGUUGCACUCUGCCCAAUUCAUCAGUUUCUGGGGAAGAAGAGUGCAGUUUCAGAGGUACACGCCGUAUAGAGCUAAUGGAAAAUGAGAUUAAGCAAAACAAUCUGUCAUACUCGAUAAAUGGUCCUAAAGAUCUUUGGCCAAGCAUAUCCAACUUUGUUCUUCAAGUUUCAUCAUCCCAAGAUCCAGACUCAGCUGUGGCACUCCUCUACUUCCUUGAUUCUGGUGGUGGGUCCUACCCAGAAGUCAUAUCCAGCUCUCAAGCUGAAUGGUUCAACCGCAAAUCCCAGGAGCUGAAUCCCAGUUCUAGUGUACCUGAGAUGAUCUUUUGGCAUAUACCAAGUAAAGCCUACAAGAAGGUAGCUCCGAAGCUUGGAAUACACAAGCCUUGUGUAGGCUCAAUUAACAAGGAGGAUGUUGCCACUCAAGAAGCUGAGAUGGGUAUCAUGAAACUUCUUGUGAAAAGGCCUUCUGUUAAAGCUGUGUUUGUAGGCCACAAUCAUGGAUUGGACUGGUGCUGCCCCUACGAGAAGCUAUGGCUAUGCUUUGCUAGACACACAGGUUAUGGUGGCUAUGGAAACUGGGCAAGAGGAGCUAGAAUUUUAGAGAUCACUCAGCAACCCUUUUCUCUCAAGUCAUGGAUAAGGAUGGAAGAUGGCCAAUUACACAGUGAAGUUGUCCUGAGUUCUUGA